UGGCAGCCGGAGCCGGCCCAGCGCGGUGCCCUCCCGCGACGGAGGAGGCCGGCCCUGGGCUGCGAGAGCCUCACUGGCCUUUCCAGAGUCGCGACCCCAGGUUCCUGACGACCUCUGGUCCGCGAGCCGCGUAGCCGGGCGCCCCGCUUCCUCUUUUUCCUCUUUGCCCUCCCCCCAUUCACAGCUUGUUGGGUAAACAGCGAUUGGGCCGGCAGGAUCUGGCGCGGCCUGGACGCAGCGCCCGUUCCCUCCGGCCUGUGAAGGGGCUUGGUGUCCUUAAGACGGGUUACCUAGGGAGUGGCCGAAAAAAAAUGGAGGCCUGGGUGGAGGUGCUGUUUCGCUCCGGGACUCUUCGCUUGUCCAAUUAGAUGAAUCUGCUACACCAUCUUUGACCUGGGCUUUCGCUUUGAUGUGGCAUGGUUCCUGACGGAAACUUCCCCCUUCAUGUGGUCGAAUCUGGGCAUUGGCCUAGCAAUUUCUCUGUCUGUGGUUGGAGCAGCCUGGGGAAUUUAUAUUACCGGCUCUUCCAUUAUUGGGGGUGGAGUGAAAGCCCCCAGAAUCAAAACCAAGAACUUGGUUAGUAUUAUCUUCUGUGAAGCGGUGGCCAUCUAUGGCAUCAUCAUGGCAAUUGUCAUCAGCAACAUGGCUGAGCCUUUCAGUGCUACUGACCCCAAGGCCAUAGGCCAUCGAAACUACCAUGCAGGCUACUCCAUGUUUGGGGCUGGCCUCACAGUCGGUCUGUCCAACCUGUUUUGUGGAGUCUGCGUGGGCAUCGUGGGCAGUGGGGCUGCCCUGGCUGAUGCCCAGAACCCCAGCCUCUUUGUAAAAAUUCUCAUCGUGGAGAUCUUUGGCAGUGCCAUUGGCCUUUUUGGGGUCAUCGUCGCCAUCCUUCAGACCUCCAGAGUGAAGAUGGGUGACUAGAUGACUGAAUGGGUGGGGCCGUGCCCCGCUGUUAUUUAUUGCUGGCAUUCCUGGGACAGCUGGAGCUGUGGUCCUCCGCCUUUCUGGGGCUUGGUGUUCAGGGCCUCCUGCACUCACUCUUGCUGCCUGUUGACUUUGGAGGCACUGCCAUCCAGACUGAACCCGUGUGGGGAGUGGGCUGCCGAUGGUGACUGUACAGCUGUGCACCCGUGGCCCCCAGCCCCAUCCAGCCCGUCUUCCUAGUGUUUGUGAAAUAAACUUGGUAUUUGUCCCA